GCGGUGCCGGUGCCCGCGGUGCCGCUCGCGCCCGGGAUGGAGCCCCCGACCGGCACCGAGAGCGCCCGCCUGGUCAGCCCGCGGGGCGGCCGCGCCGACGGCAGCCUGCGCCUCAAGAGUCUCUUCACAGGCUCUCAAGAUCCUUCAGCACUGCCGGCCCCCCCAGUUCCAGCUCCCCACUGCCGCUGCAGUCCCCCAACGCCCAGCCCUGGGCAGGGCAGGCUCCAGGCCCACCAGCAGCUGAGUGUUGCCUGUGCUGUCUGCUGCCUCUUCAUGGUCGGGGAGGUGAUAGGUGGGUACCUGGCACACAGCCUGGCCAUCAUGACGGAUGCAGCCCACCUGCUGACAGACAUGGGCAGCAUGUCUGUCAGCCUCUUCUCCCUCUGGGUCUCCAACCGUCCGCCCACCAAGACCAUGACCUUUGGCUGGCACCGCUCUGAGACACUGGGUGCGCUGGCCUCUGUCCUCUCCAUCUGGGUUGUGACCGCAGCCCUCGUCUAUCUGGCGGCCGCCCGCAUCAUCAGCAAUGACUACGAGAUCGAGGCACGAGCCAUGCUGGCCACAUCCGCCUGCGCUGUCGGAGUCAAUCUGGUCAUGGCCUACAUCCUGCACCAGGCCCCUGCUGGCCAUGGCCAUGGCACAGGGGCCUACGAGCAGCUGGAGAGCUCUGUGGCCUGCCAGCCCAGCCAUGGGCCCCUGCCUGGCAGCACCAGUGUGCGGGCAGCCUUCGUCCACGUGGUGGGUGACCUGCUGCAGAGCGUCAGUGUCCUCGUGGCUGCCACCAUCAUCUACUUCAAGCCCCAGUGCAAGAUUGCAGACCCAAUCAGCACCCUCUUCUUCUCGGUCUUUGUCCUUGGCUCCACCAUCACGAUCCUCAGAGACGUCUUCAGGGUCCUCAUGGAAGGGACACCACAAGGCCUCGAGUUCGAUGCAGUGAAGGAGGUGCUGCUGGGGGCCAGCAGGGUGCGGGGUGUCCACGACCUGCAUCUCUGGGCGCUGACGCCGAGCCACCCCGCGGCGUCGGUGCACGUGGCUGUGGAUGCCAGUGCUGACACUGAGAUGGUGCUGCAGGAGGUCACUGCCCGGCUCCAGAGCAGGUUUGGCUUUGCCUUCUGCACGGUACAGGUGGAGCGGCACCAGGAGGAAACUGCAGGCUGUCCCCACUGUCAGGACCCCCACGCCUGAGACUCCCACCCGCUGCUACAUUGGGCCAGGCUUGGCCCUAGCCCCAGCUCCUUGUGUUAGAGCAGGGCAGUGCUUCAGAUCCCAACAUCCCCUCUACCCACCCCAUGGCUGCAGAGCCCUGAGCUGGGAGAGUAACUCCAGUGCAGCGUCCCAGGGGGGAUGGACACAUGGCCUGGCCUGUGGAGCACAGGGGCUCCCUGGGAUCUUCCACUCCCUGCUGUGCCACAGCUUCUGAGGUGGAAUCCUGCCCCACCACCCACUCCCCAGGGAGCCUGUCUGUCCUGGCAGGAAGGGACAUCCCCCAUGGAGGACCUCAGACCUGGCCUUGGCCCCAGCCCCCCAUGCUGCUGCCUGGGCUCCAUCUGAAUCCUGCUGUGCCUGGGCCUGAUCCAUCCCCUCUGCUGAGUUGUGUCUGUGCCCCUGGUGUCCAUCUGUGCCAGCAGCGGUGCCAGCGCUGCCAAUAAACGUGUUGGAGCAGCA